AGUAUCGAGUUUCAUUCCGAAUAAGUAAUCGAACAAGUCUUUAUAAAAUAACAAUCGAACAGGUCUGAAUAAUAAAACGUCAAGUCAAAGUCAACCGUGCCGAACCGGGAAAAUCUCUCUGCAAGAGGGAUCACUUGAAUGCCAACCAUUGAGCUGCGAACAUAGGAUAUAACAUUGGCGACGAGGAUACAAAAAGAAAAAAAAAGGAAAAGAAGAGUGGCUUUAUUUAUUCCGACACAUUUAUACAUAGAAGCAAUAACUGUUUUGCAAAUAACGGAGAAAUUAUUGGAAAUAAUGAAAAAAAAAUCUGCUUUAGGGAGAGAAGUCGACGAUCUAAAGUGUGAUGAUUUUAUUAAACAAGAAGAUGUUUCGCAUUGGGGAGAGCAGUCGACGAUCCUUUGUGAAUUAUGUAUUGUGAUUAUAUUAUUACAUUGGGGAGAGAAGUCGAUGAUCCAAUGUGAUGACUAAAGGGGAGAGAAGUCGUCGUACAUGUAGUGGAAAUUCAUUUUUUUUGCAAUGCAACGGGAAUGUAAUCUUCCAACAAAGAUUCCGUUAUAAGAGUGAAAAACAAAAUGGAUUCACAAUUUGAGUUGCCUGAAAGUAGAAUUACAAUAAAAGAAAUUUUAUAUAGAGUUACAGCGUGUUCAUGUGUUUUUUUUUUUUUUAUUCUUCCUCUGUUUAUCUUAGAGAUGAUGCGUCAAGGAGAUGGUCCACCACCGUUUGAGUUUAACACCGAUACGAAUUGCCGAAACCAAUGGAGAGUGUGGCUCCGUUCGUUUGAAAUUUUUGCAGAAGCGACUGCUUUAAACGAAAACAAGAACAAACUCAAUUGGAUGCUGCACUACGCUGGCCCCAAGGUCCAAACGGUCUAUGCAUCUUUGCCGGACAAAGACGUGGAAGACACUAAAAGGGGACCCUUGGCGUCUGGCUACUUCAAAUUUGAUACGUGCUCGUAUGAUAGAGCAGUGUCAAAGUUGUGUGCUUUCUUCGAGCCUAAGCAGAACAUUUCUUUUGAGCGACAUGUGUUUCAUCAAAUGAAACAAGGCGAAGAUGAACGCAUCGACAUGUUCUUAAUGCGUUUGCGUGAACAGGCCGAUCGGUGCGAAUUUGGUCUUCAACUGGAAGACGGUAUAAAACACCAAAUCACCAUCGGAUGUUCGUCAAUUGCCUUGCGUCGGAAAAUCCUUGAAAGAGGAGAUGAGAAUCUCGAUAACAUUGUCAAGUUGGCUCAAAUCCACGAAGUUGUGGAAAAGCAACAAAGAACAUUUGAUAAGGGCAAGGAAGUCAUUCCCAAUCUUGAGCCGCAUGAGAAAAGUGAGAGCGCGUGCCAAAUAAAAUCGAAGAAAAUAUCUUGGGACCAAAACAAUAAUUUCAAUAAUACCAUCUGUGGAAGGUGUGGUCUAAGAGGACAUAAGGCUUCGGACGCAAAAUGCCCAGCGAAAGGCAAGAGCUGUAAUAGUUGUGGUCGCAAGGACCACUUUGCUCGGCGAUGCUUUAUGCGAGGAGAUUUGGCAAUGAAGAAGUAUACUUUAAAACGGAAAGCAGAUGGAGAUGAGCCACACUUUAAGAAUACCAAGCGUGAAUCGGUUCAAAUGAUUGACCAGAAUUUGAAAGGUAUUGAGAGUGAGUAUGAAGAUGUUUUCAUGGUUGAUAACAAUGAAGUCUAUAACACCAUUUGGUGUAACAUUGGGGGUGUCGAUGUUGAGGUCAUUGUGGAUUCGGGAACAAAACGGAACAUAAUAGAUCGUUUGUCAUGGAUUGAGUUGAAGGCUAAAAAUAUUCAGAUGUCGGAACGCACCAACGAAGUUGAUUUCCAGUUCCGUGGUUACGGUGGUCAUAAAUUGAACAUUUUGGGGAAAUUCGCUGCGUUCAUCAAAGUCCCCAAUCGGGAGUCUUACGCGGAGUUUUACGUAGCAGAUGAGUUUGGCAAGAUACUAAUUGGCCAUGAUACUGCCAAAGCCUUAGGUAUAGUAUAUUAUAUUAAAUUGCUUUAUUUCACUUAAUUACUUCUUGAACGCGUUUCAAUAGGUAUUUUGAAAAUUGGCUAUAAUGCAAACCCAAAUACAUCUGACGUAAACGUUAUCAACCUGAACAAAAAUAUUAUCUCGAAUGACUCAAAAGUAAAACAGUUUGGCAAAAUUAAGGGUGUACUGGUCGAUAUCCCACUGAAGCCAGAUGUAAAAGGUGUUAUUCAGCCUUACCGUCGUAUUCCAGCACCCUUAGAAAAACGAGUUGAUGAAAAAAUCGAAGAAAUGUUGCAACAGGGUAUAAUUGAAAAAGUUGAUGGAGUGUCCAAAUGGGUAUCCGGAAUUGUAGUCGCCCCAAAAGGGUCGGAUGAUAUACGGAUUUGUGUGGACAUGCGGCGAGCCAAUUUAGCGGUUGAACGUGAACACCAUCCACUGCCGACAAUGGAUGACUUUCUACCGCAUUUGGGUGAUGCAAAAGUUUUUACAAAAUUGGACGUAAAGCAAGCUUUUCAUCAGGUUGAAAUUUCGCCGGAGUCACGAGAGAUUACGACGUUUAUGACCAGAAAAGGACUUUUCAGAUAUAAGCGGUUAAUGUUCGGCAUUACAUGUGCCCCUGAAAUAUUUCAAAAGUUGAUGGAACAGAUUUUAAGUAGUUGUGAUGGUGUCAUAAUAUUCAUUGAUGACAUUGUUGUUUUUGCACCAACAAAAGAACUUCAUGAUUUACGAUUGAAAAAAGUGCUAGACCGAAUGCGAAAGUUUAAUGUCACUUUAAACAAGGAAAAAUGUGAAUUUGCUGUUUCUGAAAUAUCUUUUAAUGGCCAUCGGCUGUCAGGCUCGGGAAUCAAACCAAUGCACGACAAAUUGGAAGCAGUUAAGCAAUUUCGAGAGCCAAAUGAUGCUGAGGAAGUGCGAAGUUUCUUAGGUUUGGUCAACUACGUCAGCAAAUUUAUUCCAAAUCUAGCCACAAUUAGCGAACCACUGCGUCGGCUUACAAAAAAAGAUGUUAAGUUUCAAUGGGGUUGUAAUCAACAGAAAGCUUUUGAACUGUUGAAACAAAGUCUGACGCAUGAAUUGACUCUUGGUUACUACGAUGUAAAGUGCCCAACACAAGUUAUAGCUGAUGCCAGUCCCGUAGGUCUAGGGGCUGUUUUACUCCAAACACAAGAAGGUGAUUCAAGGAUCAUAUCAUAUGCGAGUCGGAGUUUGACAGCACCUGAAAAAAAUUAUGCACAAACCGAGAAAGAAGCAUUAGCAUUAGUUUGGGCUGUGGAACGGUUUCACUUCUUUUUGUUUGGACGACAUUUCGAUUUAAUCACAGAUCAUAAGGCAUUGGAAACUCUGUUUGGACCAAAAUCAAAACCUUGUGCCCGUAUAGAACGGUGGGUUAUUCGCCUUAUGUCAUAUAAAUUCAGGGUCAUUUAUAAGCCCGGCAAAUCCAAUAUUGCUGACCCCUUAUCUCGUCUAAUAAAACAAGUCCAUAUGAAAUUGGAUGAAAGCACUGAUACCGAAGAGUACAUUAAAUGGAUUAUGUCGUACGCAGAACCAAAAGCAAUCAAAUUAAAAGAAAUUGAAGAAAAAUCAGAAACAGAUAUCGAAAUACAAGCAGUUAAAAAAGCAAUGGCUGAAGGCAGUUGGAUAAAUGAUGUUUCAGCGUUUAAGAUUUUUGAGCACGAACUGUCAUUUGUGGGAGGAAUUUUGCUACGUGGCACACGGAUCGUCAUCCCUGAAAAGCUACGUGAACAAGCACUUAAAUUGGCCCACGAAGGCCAUCCUGGUAUGACUUUGAUGAAGAGAAGACUAAGAGCCAAAGUUUGGUGGCCAAAGAUCGAUGCUGAAGUAGAUGUGUUUGUGAAAAAAUGCAGAGGUUGCAUUUUAACAAGUGCAUUGGUACCUCCGGAACCACUGAAACGAACGCAAUUACCAUCGGCUCCAUGGCAACAUCUUGCCAUUGACUUCUGUGGACCUCUACCUUCAGGUCAUCAUCUAUUCGUUAUCGUUGAUUACUAUAGCCGCUUUAUUGAGGUUGAAGUCAUGAAAAAGAUAGAUUCUUCAGAGGCCAUUAAACGCCUUAAAAGAAUUUUCGCUCGCUUUGGGUUACCCCUUUCAGUAACAGCAGAUAACGGUCGUCAGUUUAUAAGUGACGAAUUCAAAGAAUAUUUAUGUACCAAUAACAUUCAGCUGAUUAGUACAAUUCCAUAUUGGCCUCAACAAAAUGGGGAGGUCGAGCGCCAAAACCGAUCGUUACUGAAAAGAUUAAUCAUUUCUCAGAAUGAAAAAGGGAAUUGGCAGGAGGACUUGCAAGACUAUAUCCUUAUGUACCAUUCGACACCGCAUUCAACAACUUUAAAAACUCCUGCGGAGUUAAUGUUUAAAAGAAAUAUUCGCGACAAAUUACCGUCAAUCAACCAACUGCUAGACGGUGACCACGAAGACGUUGACCACGAAGUCCGAGAUCAAGAUGCUAGAGAAAAGUGGAAAGGAAAGUGCUAUGCCGACAACAAGCGUCACGCAAAAGUAAGUGACGUUAAAGAAGGAGAUGAUGUUGUUGUGAAGCGCCAGAUAGUUACAAAUAAACUUGCUACUACAUUUGAGCCCGUAGCUUACAAAGUGGUUGAUCGAAAAGGAUCUGAAGUAACGGUUCAAAACCCAAACACAGGAACUGAGUAUCGAAGAAAUGUAGCACAUGUAAGAAAAGUACCACCGGGUGUUUUUAAGGCAGCAUCGGCAACUCCCUCAUCCCCACCUGUGCAAACAUUGCCAAUGGAAGAAACACAAGCACCAAAAAGGAAGCGAACGAUGCCAAAUCAUUUUCUAGAAUAUGACCUUUCAGAAGAGUAA